AUGGCGGUGAGGGGCGAGCUCUACGGGAAGAUUAUUGGCGGCGAGAUUACAAUGAGGGACAAGCUGGAAGUGAUGCAUUUGCAAUUAACGGUUGGAACGGUUGGAACAAGAAAAGCAGACUCGAUACUCAUGAGGCAAAAUCGAAUUCGGCUUGAUGCUUCCAUUGAUUCGGUGAGAUACUUGUUGCAUCAAGGCUUAGCUUUCCGGGGCCAUGAUGAAUCAGAGGAGUCGAAAAAUAAGGGAAAUUUCCGAGAGUUGGUACAUACUUUGGCAAACCAGAAUGAAGCUAUACGGAAUGUAGUUCUUGAGAAUGCUCCAAGAAACUUUAAGUGGGUAUGUGGAGAUAUUCAAAAGGAAAUUGCAAAUUAUUUUGCAAAGAUAACUUUAAAUUCUAUUAUUGAUGAAAUUGGGGGCGAUGUAUUUAGUUUGUUGAUUGAUGAAGCCGCUGAUGUGUCUGACAAAGAGCAAAUGGCAGUUGUUUUGAGAUAUCUUAGCAAGCGUGGAUUUAUCAUUGAACGGUUAGUUGGAAUUGAACAUGUGAAGGAAACAUCAGCAACUUGUCUCAAGGCUACUCUUCAAAAAUUAUUCACUGAGAUUGGACUAAGCAUAAAGCAGCUCCAGUUGGUUAUUGUGGCAGUAUCAAAGAAGCAUGAUGAUAUUGCAGAUUUUUUUUACAUGAUCUCAGUUUUAUUCAAUGUGGUUGGAGCUUCUUGCAAAAGAAAGGAUAUGAUUAGAGAGAAACAUCGAGAGGAGGUAACAAAAGCCAUAGGUAGUGGGCAGAUUAGCACUGGCACAGGGCUAAAUCAAGAACAAACUCUUCAAAGAGCUGGGGACACACGUUGGGGCUCACACUACCGGACUCUUUCAAGUCUAGUGAAAUUGUUCCCAUCAGUUAUGUCUAUUCUGAAAUAUUUUGAUGACCGCUUCAAUGAGGUAAAUUCUGCAUUGCUUGGACACAUGGCUUCUUUCACCCCCAAAGACUCCUUUGCUGCUUUUAACUUGGAUAGCUUAGUGAAGCUAGCUGAGUUUUAUCCGGAUGACUUUGAUUCAAGAAAAUUGGAUGAUCUUGGUCCUGAACUUCGCACUUACAUUGACAAUGUGCGAGUAGAUGAAAGGUUCGCCAAUUUGGAUGGAAUUGCUGAUCUUGCUAAACUAAUGGUGGAAACAAAUAAGCAUAUUACGUUUCCUUUGGUUUAUCAUCUUUUAAAGCUAGUAUUGAUAUUGCCAGUUGCCACUGCAUCAGUGGAGAGAUGCUUUUCAGCUAUGAAUGUUGUAAAAAAAAAGUUACGCUACAAAAUGGGUGAUCAAUUCAUGAGUGAUUGUCUAAUAUGCUAUGUGGAGAAAGAUAUAUUUUCUACCAUUACCAAUGAUGCAGUGUUUAAUAUUUUUAAGGCAGUGAAAGAUCGAAAGGGGACACUCUAA